AUGGAGGAGGGCGAAGAGGAGACGGUUUACUUCGAUGACUUUGACGAAUGGCGGGGAGCAAAGGCGCAUGACAUGCGGCCUGGCGGAAGCAACAUGGUGCUGACCGGCUGUCAAGCCACUUGCAGCAUUGAGCACCUUCGCAUUCUUGCGACAAAACCAUUCAUCUGCUGCGGUUUCAUUGCCCGGCUGUUCAACUAUGGUUCAUUGGAAUCGCUGGCAAGUGAUGAUCUCAUGGGGCUCAAAGCAAAGCUUCAGGAUGCAGUAGUGAAAGAUCCAUACGAUAAAGAAUCAUGGAACAACCUUGGUCGAGUUCUUCACCUCUUUGGCGACCGUGAGGGUUGUUUACAAUGCUUCGAAGAGGCAAUUCGUAUCGAUCCGAAAGAUCCAAGCCUUUUGCACAAUGCGGGUGUUGCAGCUGAAAGUUUCAAGAGCUUUGAGAAAGCUGAACGAUUCUAUGCGAAAGCUGUCAAGGUACAAAGCGAUUUCGUCCCAGCCAGAAUCAACAGAGCCAUGCUUCUUCUACACCUCUUCAACGACGUAGUCCAGCCCAUCAAGGACUUGAACGAAGUAUUCGAACAUCUGAAUAUGAAAUUGACUUACCUGAUUAUUAGGUUUUGGAAUUUUUGA